AAUAUACGUGCAAUGCAAUCACGUGAAAUGGCCUUUAGAAACAAUAUCCUCGGUAUCCAAAUCGAGUCAAAUCUGUCCGACGUGGAGAGAUCAAAGAUAUUUUUCCAAUUACAAACAUGCCGCAGGGAACAGAUUUCUCAGCGCCGAAAAUUGUCCUAUGAUAGAACGUGUCUUAGCUACUACCGGUUCAAUCGUCUCUCGUCGUCGUUUUCGAUCGCACGGUGACGUUUCGUGGAAUUCGCCUUCGACGCGCGAGGCUCGAAACGUAAGUUUAUCGAAUCGGUGGAAAAUGCGAGCCAUGCAAAAUGGAGCGGAAUGUGGGAGAAACGAAUCUAGCAGAUCGUGGAGAACACAUCAAGAUAGAAGAAUGGUUGCCAGAAAAGAGUGUGGACGAUCAACAGGGGGAAACGCAGAAUUCGGCUGUGUUUUACAAGCGUGUUAUGAACACUACAGUGUCAACGAGCGAUUUCAACGAAUUGUCAACAAACUCAAUAUGGUUGAGAGGCAGCGCUACCGGGGAUGUAAAUUUGAUAUCUGAAUCUGAAACUAGACUAGCAGAAACUUACUUGCUAAUAGGAGGUACAAUUGAAUUGCAGUCAACAGCUGUAUCACAAGAUUCACUGUCAAUAAAUAAAAAUUCUAUGGAAAAUUCAAUUGAGCUUAAACAGGAAAAAGGAACAAAGCUAUCGAAAGAACAGAAAGAUUCUAUGAAACGUAUAAAGCAGCCUGAAAACUGGAAAGUAAAUGUAAAGAAAAAUGCUAGAUUAAAAGGGGAAGAAUACAUCGGAGUUGGAGGCAAAAUAGUGCCAGCUAAAAAGAUGGGACCUCCCUGCAUCUGUCGCAUGCAUUGCGCGGAUAAGAUAGAUGAAAAGGAACGUGAAGAAUUGCACAAGACCUUUUGGAAUACCUGCACGUGGCAACAGCGAAAGCAAUACAUUGCAUUGUCCGUUAAAGAAUCUCCGAAACAACGUACUCGUAUACGCAACAACGUUCAACGUUCUGAGCAUUCUGCAUCGAGAUGUCGGCAGGUGACCUUCACUUACUCUCUCCUGCUAAAGGGCGAAUUCAUAACCGUGUGCAAGUCGAUGUUUCUCAGUACAUUUGCGGUGUCUGAGAAGUUUGUGCGACAAGUGAUGGAGAAGAAACGGAUAUCGCCAGGCGGUAUCAUCGGACCGGAUCAAAGGGGCAGGCACACGCCAAAAACUAAAAAGAGCGAGAAUGUGAAGGAGCGAGUGCGUGAACACAUUAAAUCGUUCCCGACCGAGAAAUCGACGGAUCCCAAAGAUUGCAGUGGUAAAUGUUACUUGGACUCAAAUUUAAACAUAGCCGCGAUGCAUAAAUCAUACGUGUUAAAAUGCAAGCAGGAGGGUGUACCUGAAAGUGAUAUAGUGAAAGAGAGUUAUUAUAGAGAGAUGUUUAAGACAGAAUUUAAUCUUGGAUUUAAGCGUGUGCAAGCUAAAGAAAAGAAACUGUUGUCAAACAGUUGAGAUAAAAAAAGGACAUGAAGAGAAAUGGAUUUAUUAAUUGCAUCAAGGAAUAUUGAUUUUUACAAUAUUGCUCGAUAAUUAUAAAAUAAGACAAGUUUUCAAUAUCGGAAUUUACAAAUUUAUUAACAGUUAUUUUUUGUUACACAAUUUGUUACACUUGGUAUUAUUUGACAUUAAAAUUAAAAAUGUUAAAUAACAAGGUACAUAAGUGUGUAAUGUGCUGUAUAGAAAAGUAUGUUUUCUCUUAUACAAUAAAUUUUAUUUUCUAAUUA